UCGAAAGAUUGCUUUCUUAAAACUUUCUACUGGUGUUAGACAAGUCAUGAAUGCAAUUUUAUUUUCGAUCUUUUAUGCGACAUUCUGGUUUUUAGCAGAUUCAGCAACCCUACAGAGAACAGACUUAGAUUUCAGGGUGGAUCCAGAAGAUUGCACUAAAUUCUAUAUCGUUAAAGAUGGACACGAGUUUCUGUUUAAGUGUCCAGAGGAUUACGUAAUUAACCCUACCACGCGAUCGUGUGUUCCAAGAGGAUCAACACAAGAUACAUGUGUAAAGAUACUCCAAAAAACUCAAGGAAUCUGUGCGUUGCAUUCUGACGAGAAGUUCGUUGAUGCUAAUAGCUGUGCUAAAUAUAAGGACUGUGAAACAAAAAAGUCACCGUCGGGAAAGACAGCUCAGUCAAGGGUCAAGGAAUGUCCUUAUCCACUUCUGUUCGAUGAGAAAUCUCAGAGAUGCCACCACUACAGCACAGUUCAGUGUGGAAAUCGAUACGAACCUAAAGAUGCAUGUGAAUAUGAAGAAAAUCAAUGCAAAUCAGCUCACUGUAUUCCGUGUCACGUGCGAUUUCCCAGCUGUAAAGGAUCACCGGAUGGGUUGAAUCCGUGGAAAGGGCGAGAGGGAUCACCAGAAUUUGUCGUAUGUAAGGACGAACGCGUGGUCUUCCAAAGUCGAUGUCAACGCGCUUCUGACGGAAAACCAAGAAUAUUCAGUCCGAUAGACAAGAUAUGUGUUGACUUUAAAAAUGAUUAACAUCUAUGAUUCUAUUCUAUGAUUUUUUUUUACACUUUUUUAUCUAUUUAUGCAUUGU